CACACACCGACCACUCUCCCCACAGCCUGCUCCCUUUCAUCUCUUUUCCUGAUCCAUGGAUUUUUUUUAUUUUCUUCCUCUCCUUCCCCUUCCUCCCCCUCCCCCUCCCGUCACUUUGCGAUUUAGGGGGUGCAGCUAGGAAGGACGCUUUUAAUGAUGCUCUUGUGGGAUUUCCGGUUGUUAGAAGCGUUCGAGGUGGGGGCAGUUGGAGAGCGCGGUUUGUAAGGUUGAUUUAUGGACUGCGGUAGCUGGGAAAUCUGAUCUCUGGUUUUGUGGGUUCUUGUACCCUAAGUGUGCCUUGACAUCACGACACUCGUUGUUUGGGUUUACGCCACUUCGGCUCACAGAACCCUAAUUGAGAGAGGUCCUAUUCGAUGUUGUGAGUGCGACUGUAGUCGAGUGGAAGGUUUCCAGCAAUGGGAUUUUGUAGUGGAAUUUAGGCGAGUAGUUUUGUGAUUGUGAGAGCGUAGGGCAUUGUUUUGAUUUAUUGGUCAUUGAGUGUUUGUCGAGUAUUGAAUUUAGUUUGGAUGUGAUAUGGUUCAGCUUUGAAGUUUUCCUGGUUAGACGAAUGUACUCGAGAAGUCAGAGGAUGUUAUGCAUAGAUGCUCCCGGACGCUAUACUCUUAGUGUUUCUGUUUUUACUAGAUGUAGCAAUUGAAUAGGUAAACUGAAACGGUGUCGUUAUCUAGACGUAGGAGCUGCACAUUGUCGUAAAUUAUCUGGCUUUUGAGGUGUCAGAAAUCUGAGGUGAAAGCUUUAUUUUUGCUGAAUUUCUUGCGUUGAUCGCAUGCGAGCUGUCUUUGUGUCAAGGUUUUGGUACGAUGUCUCUGAAAUCCUCGACGGCUCAUCUUCAUAGUGCUUGGUUACUUGUUCAUUUUGCCUUCUUUUCCAUUUUAAAAGAAAGUUAUUUCUGUCUCUGGAAGUUGGAAAUUCUUUCCCAGCACUGGUGUGGCUCAGCCUCGGUCUUGCUGUUUCGCGAUUGAAGUUUCACUGGAAGAGGUUCAAGGUGCUUAGCUUGGCAAUCAUGUCAUCAAAAGAUUUGAAGCACUGUAAAUUAUUCCUGAUAUUACAUUGAUCACGUGUUUGGUAUCGUUGCUAUUGGCAACAUUUUCUAGAGAUCUAGAGAGACUCAAAGAAAUGAGCUGUGUGUAAUGGUGAUAUUUAGUUUGUAGUAAAAUGACGACAGAGAGUCCCGUUAUGAUGAUGCCUGGAGGGAUUACUGGUAGUAUGGGAACUUUGGGAGAGGGCCCAAGAACUGGUAGCGGAGGUGUUCAUGGCAAUACACAUGAUUUAGAUGGAGUUACAGAGUUGGGUCGUCUUCUGAAAGGGCGAACCCGAUUUGAUAACAUUUUGAACUCUGGACACGUACCGCAAAGGAGUGGCAGUGCUCCUCCCAGCGUGGAGGGGUCAUUGGCCACAAUGGGUGGGUUUUUCGACAUGCCCACCAGCCCCAAAGGUGGGCGCACUGCAAACCUCCAAUCAGGGGAGGAGGACGUAUUGGAUGCCGAAGAAGCGCAGCGCGCAGAUCCCAAGUACCUGAUAUAUUAUUACAGUAACAUCAAUCUGAAUCCGAGGUUGCCUCCACCGUUGAUAUCAUGGAACAACUAUCGGUUGGCGCAGAGGUUGCAAUCUGGAAUGGGGGCUGGGGGGUUUGGGGACAAGAAGAAAUUGCGAUCGAUGGACGACAGCAGCAGCAGGUCUUUGUACUCGAGCCAGCCAGUAUUGCCAACACACAAAGAAGAGCCAGAUGUUCCAGAGGAGGACAAUUCACCGAUGGGCGCCCUUGCGAGGACGGUAUCUAGCGACUGGGCAGAAAGAGAGAAGGGCGAUGGGUUGAUGGGUUUGUCAUCUGGAAUGGGUCCCCGUCCCAAGAGCCUUGUGGAUCUUAUUCAGGAGGAUUUCCCUCGAACGCCAUCGCCAGUGUAUCAUUUGUCUCGAUCGUCUAGUAGAGCCGCAAAUGAUGAGAACGAGGCUGCCAAUGCGGUGCUGGACCUGCAAUUAGCUCAUUUGCGAGAGUCGGCUGCGAGGGAAUCCAUCGCUGUCGUAAGUGGAAUGGGGUCUAGAAGUACGACUCCAAUAUCUGGUGUGUCGAAUCUGCACCAAACUUCAGGACCCGCAGCUCCUGUACCAAGAAUACCUACACCUGAGAUUCCACUUUCAAGCACUGUCCGUUCGGGCAGCCCAAAUUUGGCCAGGAUGGGUGGUGUAUCAGGACUUCCUGGUGGAAACAUGUCUAUUUCUAGUUCCGAAACGCGGAGCGUGGUGCUGGGUUGCGCUAGUGGUGCCAGUCCUGCGGAUUUUUCUCAGAUUGCAAUGCAGCUGAAUAAGACAGCCAGCGCAAGCAAUGCGGAUUUCGAAGCAGCUUUCAAAGGGUUGAGCAUGUCCGAUAUUCAUGGAUCUACAGCUGCCCGCGAGGGAAGGGAAUUGCAGCAACGGCAACAACAACAGCAGCAGCAGGAGCAGCAGCAGGUGCGGCUCCAGCAACAGCAGCAGCAGCUGCAUCGGCAACGGGCUCAGAUAGCUGCUCAUGCGCAGGCCCAAGCUCAAGCAGCCCAAGCUUUGGCAUAUUCUCAAGCAGUACAGCAGCAGCAAUUUUAUGCGGGUUUAGACUCUGGGUACCCGGGUCAGCCUAAGUUUGGUAUGGGUACCAUGGCAAGUCAACAAGUUGGUGCAGCUGGGCUACAACCCACUUUAGGAGCAAAUACUAGCCCGGCGAAUAUGUAUGCUGCAGCAGCGGCUGCAAUGUAUAUGGCACAGCAGAAUCCCUACUAUUCUAAUAUGAACUCUGCGGCCGUUUACGGUCCUCCGUAUGGACUGGGUGGGUACCCAGUGAAUCCUGCAAUGCUGGUCCCCAUGAUGACCGGAUAUCCACCUCCAGUGUUCGAUCCUGCUACUGCAACUGCUCUCGCGAGCAUGGGCGUGAGAGCUGGUGUCCCCGGUUCUCCUGCUCAAGCAACGGUGGGCAUGCAGAAUCUGUAUAAGUAUGCGGGUGGAGCUUCUCCUCCGAUGCACGAUCCGUUGUAUUUGCAGUACAUGCGUGCGGCGGAGGAAUCCCGAGCAGCAGCGUUGGAGCCUUCAGCGUUGAGGAAUUACAUGGCUGGGGCUCCUCUGGAUGUGGUAGAGAUGCAGAAGAAUCAGCUGAAUGCGAUGUUGGGGGGUUAUGCAGUGGAUCAGAAGUCACAAUUUGGAAGGGCGGGAUCCAUGGGAAUCCCGAUUGCUAGCCAGAAGAGCGGUUCGGUGAGCCCAGCGUACUAUGGUAGUCCUCCUGGGGUAGGUAUGCCACACAACAAUUCACCCUUAACGAGUCCGGUCCUCCCGGGAUCAUCAGUCGGACCUGGAACUUUUCCGAUGCGGCGCGAUGAGCGCAAUAUGCGGCCGUCUUCAGCAUCGAGGACAAAUUCGGGCAACACGGGAGCUGCGAGCGGCCUGACAUAUCCAGGGUGGCAAGUGCAGAAGACGGGCGAGACCACGGAGGAGACACGGGGUUCGACGUUGCUGGAGGAGUUCAAGAACAGCAAGACGAGGCGAUUCGAACUGUCGGACAUUGCAGGGCAUGUUGUGGAGUUCAGUGCCGACCAGCACGGGAGUAGAUUCAUUCAACAGAAAUUGGAGACGGCAACUCCAGAGGAUAAGAACAUGGGUUUUCAAGAAAUUGUUCCUCGAGCUAUUACGCUUAUGUCGGAUGUUUUCGGCAACUACGUCAUACAGAAGUUCUUUGAGCACGGUACUCAGCAGCAGAGGAGAGAGCUGGCAAGCCAGUUGGUGGGGCAUGUUCUGGUGCUGAGUCUGCAGAUGUACGGUUGCAGAGUGAUUCAGAAGGCGCUGGAGGUGGUGGACGUGGAUCAACAGACGCAGUUGGUUUCGGAGUUGGAUGGACACGUGAUGCGGUGCGUGCGAGACCAAAACGGUAACCACGUGAUCCAGAAAUGCAUCGAGUGUGUGCCGCCUGCUAAGAUCCAUUUCAUUAUCUCUGCGUUUUACAAUCAGGUGGUGACUCUGUCAACGCAUCCUUACGGAUGCCGCGUGAUUCAGCGAGUUUUGGAGCACUGCACGGACGAGCAGAAGCAGAAGGGUAUCAUGGAGGAGAUAUUACGUUCCACUUGUACUUUGGCGCAGGAUCAGUAUGGCAACUACGUUGUACAGCACGUGCUUGAACAUGGACGGGACCACGAGCGAAGCGAUAUCAUCACAAAGCUUGCCGGUCAAAUUGUGCAAAUGAGUCAACACAAGUUUGCAUCAAAUGUGGUGGAAAAGUGCUUGGAGUAUGGUGGCCCAGCUGAGCGGCAGAUAUUGGUCGAUGAAAUGCUCGGCCACACUGAUGAGAAUGAGCCUCUACAGGCAAUGAUGAAGGACCAGUUUGCAAAUUACGUUGUUCAGAAGGUCUUGGAAACCUGUGAUGAAUCUCAACGGGAGCUGCUGCUUGGCCGAAUUCGUGUGCACUUGCAUGCACUGAAGAAGUAUACGUAUGGCAAGCAUAUCGUUGCACGUGUUGAAAAGCUGGUUGCUGCCGGGGAGAGACGUAGCGCUGCCUACAUGGCACAUAUUAUGGCUACUUGAAGCUCUGCCACAGACUUGCCGAUGCUGGCUUCUCUGAAAAUUAGAUGGGCCACGUAUCAUAUCAUUGCGUGGAGGAACGGAAGUUAGUCUUUUCUUUGCCCAUGUGUCAUUCAAUAAUUUCUUGAGUUGUAAACGAAGUGCGGGCAAGCUGAAGAUGGAAGGCCAAUCUUGGAGUGGGCAGAAUUCAUUUUGUGAGCAGUAAAUAGUGUAACAGUGCAGGGUUGUACUCGGAUCAUGUUAAUGGUUGGGAGAGACGCAGGAUGAGGGCCAUUGCAGCUCGUGUCUGCAUGUACCUUGUGUGGUUUUGUGUUGGAGAUUCAUGUAUUUAUAAGUAACAGCUCUAGAUGUUGGGAUGUGAUAGUGCAGGGAGUACUGCCAUUGUUCCCACCUCUGAAGGUUAUCUCUCGUUUCUCCCCGGUAAGUCGUGAUUUUAGGUCAGGCAGUUUAUGGAAGAGAAGUGUGAAAUGGUACAGAGCAGUGGUAGCGUGUGAAAAGAAGGAAAGGGUCGAGGCGGGAGUUAGCUGUAACAGGCGUGUAUAAAGAGCAAGUGUCCUUCGUUCCAUUAUGUAUAGACUGACGUGUGUAGGUCUUGCGAAACGUUGGUUUUGAAGGAUCGUAAGGUGGGUGGUUGUAGGACCCGUUCUAUCCUUGCUAGUGCUGCUACCGAAGGUUAAUUCUUGUGCAGCGGUUGCGCCAUGGCCCUCUUGAUGUAAAUAGGGCCCCUUCAAGUAGAAGGGCCAGCUGGCAAUGUCUUUAUUCUUUUAGCCUGGUGUAAGGUGAUGUCCAAAUGCAAUUCUGUUCUUCCACAUUUGAUUAUCUUUUAUAGUUUACAUUUAUUUCUAAGGAAGUAUAUUUCAAAGUUCA